AUACUUAGGAACAUGGCAACUUUUUUAUUGUCUCUGACAUCUUGUGAUCACAAGACCUCUCCGUUUUGAGUUUUCUGUCAAGGCAAAAAUUGGGCGAAAAAGGCCGUCCCGUUUGGGAUUUACGGGUAAAAAGCUCCAAUUUGCUCAACAAAUAUCUCAGGAUGAGAUACUUCCUUACUUACUUGUUCGUGCUCCUUGUGGGUCUCGCUAUAACAAUAUUUUCGUUAUACUACCUCUUGAAUGGAAAAGGUGAGCAAAUCAGUCUGGGAUGGUUUUUGGAAAACACAUCCCCUUACAUGUGGGGAACUCUCGGUAUCGCGUUCGCCGUGGCUUUGUCAGUGGUUGGUGCCGCCAUGGGCAUUCAUACGACCGGAGUGAGCAUAGUUGGCGGAGGUGUCAAAGCGCCCAGAAUCAAGACCAAGAAUUUGAUCUCCGUCAUCUUUUGUGAAGCUGUUGCUAUUUAUGGAUUGAUCACUGCCAUCGUGUUGUCAGGGAUGCUAGAACGAUACACAGAACCCAUCCUUGACAAAGCUAUCAAAGACCAAAAUUGGAUGGCUGGGUAUGUGAUGUUUGGAGCUGGUCUGGCUGUAGGCCUUGUUAAUCUGUUUUGCGGCAUUGCUGUCGGGAUUGUUGGCUCUGGAGCAGCCUUAGCAGAUGCAGCCAAUGCAGCUCUGUUUGUAAAGAUUCUGAUAGUAGAAAUUUUCGGAUCAGCCAUUGGUCUAUUUGGGCUUAUUGUCGGAAUUUACAUGACGUCAAAAGUUAAGAUGGGUAACCAGUAAUUUAGGAAAAAAUCAAAACUUGAAGAUUUAAGUUGGACUACAGCACUGUAUAGUUCCUGUCUUGACUAAUAGCAAAAUCUGUAAAUCCGAGAAUUCAGUGCAUAUUGAAAAUAAAAUCAUUCAAAGAAGUAAAAUAAAAGCUUAAAAUUAAUAUUAUUACAGUGUUAAAGAUGUGUAUGUUUGGAUAACCAACAUUCUAUUUUCCUGGUGUGUGCUAUGUACAUUUUUAGUAAUAUUGUUAAUGAAGUCUUGUAAACAAUAUCUGAUCUUAGCACUAUCAUAAUAGUGAUUUGUUAAUAAAAUAUAACUUAAAAUAUAAUAGUAAUUGUAAAUUGACAUUUAGACUUAUUUAUUAUUCAGUUACUGCAUUUUGUGCUAAGGUACAGACAUUUGUGAAGGAUUUGUAUAGUACUGGAGUGUUUUGAUGACUUUUAACUAUAUACAUUGUGUUGUUUAAUACCGUUAUAACACAAAUAUCCCAUUAUUAAGCUGGCUAGCUACACAUUGUAUGUUAAAAUACAUAUGUUUUAUCAUUUGUCUAUAACAUUAAAUGUUUAUAUCUUAUACGAUGCUGUAUCCAGUCACUUGUUUAAAGGCUUAAACAUUCCAUAAGACCUAAUUUCAGUUUGUGAAAUCUUCAUUGGUUUUUAUAAGUCGAUAGCCCAUGUAUAAUUAAGGCUGUUUUCCAUAUUGUGACAACAUAUUUAUGGUAAUAAAAAUUAACAUAUUGUAUUGUGAAUGUCUUUUAUCCAGUUGUUACCAAAAAAUACAUUUGCCACAAUCUAAAUCUGUCUUUUAGUGGAAAAUGUGCCCUUGUCAUAUUAAAGUACUUUUGAACUAAUAUACAGUAAUCCUUUUAUAUAAAAAAAAUUGAUUAAAAAUUUCCAUUGUAAAUAUUAGUUUGCUUACCUAUCUGCUAAUUUAUUGUACUUGUAAAUUCAUAUCCAUAUAUAAACUUAUUGUUAGGUGUUGAUGUGAAUGCCAUGGACUAUAUUCAAUCAUACUUUGUUUAAUGUUCAGUCAUCUAUAAUUGGCACAAGUUAUGUGUACACAAAGAACAAAAAAUUUGAGAAAGUAUUAUAUCAGUCGUAAGAUACAGAUUACUGAUGUAAUUUAUAAGUUUAUUAUAUUUUAUUUGUGCAAAUGUAGAUAUUAUGUAUGUUGAUGAAUAAAUAGAUAAAAGUU